UUUAUCAUAAGAACAUUAGAAACAAAUAUUAGCGUAAAAACACUUGUACUAAUAAAAAAAAUGAGCUUUUAGAAUUGUUUAAAGUCAAUAACAUUGUGGAAUCAUAAUAGAAAAAAUUACCAAAAUAUUAAACAAUCAUGUAGAGCCAAGAACCCGUUUGAAGUCGGCAAAAAAUAAAAUUUAGGUAGCUAACUUAUGAGCCUAAUAUUUAAAAGUUUAGUUUGAAGUAUAUUAGCUAUAAGGUUUCAUCUCAAUUUAAUAAAUACUAAAUAAUGGGGAAUAUUGUUCCAGAUAUUGUAAUAUGUUCUUUCAUCAUUGGGACUUUUGGAAUAGUUCACUUACUUUCAAAUUUUUUGCGCCUAUCUCUAGGUGGAAGUGAGUCUGAAUUGACUCUAUCGCAAUUAGUAGAAAUUCAAAGCCAGGAAUAUGGAUGGUUGCUUAAACUUUUAGUUAACUCUUUUGGUUACAGUUGUGUAUUCGUACCCGGAAUUUUGGUAUACAAAUAUAUAAAUCGAACAAAUUAUUUAGAAAAAACUGAUCCAACAUUAAUUCACAAAGCAGUUCAGAGUUGUUUGAAAGGCACCACAACUUCCCCAGAAAUCGAUGAUAGAAUAGAUCCUCAACAAAAAAUUAUUAAGCCGAGCAGAACCGCUACUAGAGAUGCAUUUUUAUUAGCUUAUUGUUUUUUUGGCUUGAUGGGAUCUUAUCUAACAUGGGGUGUUUUGCAAGAAAAAAUUAUGACCCAAGAAUAUACUGAUUCCAAUGGCAAAAAAAGUUAUUUUAAGGAUUCGCAAUUUUUAGUAUUUACAAACCGCCUAUUAGCCUUUUUUGUUGCGCUACUAUAUAUUAUAUUAAAUCAACAAAGUAGACAUCGUGCUCCAUUGUAUAAAUAUUCGUAUGCUUCAUUUUCAAAUAUUAUGAGUGCCUGGUUUCAAUAUGAAGCUUUGAAAUUUGUAAAUUUUCCUACACAAGUUCUAGCUAAAUCAUGUAAAAUAAUACCAGUAAUGUUAAUGGGGAAAAUAAUUUCUAGAACGAAAUACGAAUGUUACGAAUAUUUUACUGCCGGCCUAAUAUCAGUCGGAAUGAUAUUAUUUAUGACUGGUAGUACGGAUGAAGGAAAAGCUUCUUCCGUAACGACUUUAACGGGGGUGUUUUUAUUAGCAAUGUAUAUGAUAUUUGACAGCUUUACAGCAAAUUGGCAAGGAGAUUUAUUUAAAUCUUACGGAAUGAGUUCAAUUCAAAUGAUGUGUGGAGUCAAUUUAUUUAGUUCUAUUUUUACAGCUGCUUCAUUAUUAGUUCAGGGUGGAUUUUGGGCUUCUUUUGAUUUUGCUGUUCAUCAUCCUAAAUUUGUUUUCGAUUGUGUGGUUUUGUCUAUUAGCUCAGCUGUUGGCCAGUUAUUUAUAUUUUAUACUAUCUCAGUUUUUGGACCAGUGAUUUUUACCAUUAUUAUGACUUUGCGCCAGGCAGUGGCAAUUAUGUUAUCAUGUUUUAUUUAUAAUCAUAGUAUAUCUGCAUAUGGUAUUGUAGGAGUUUGUGUAGUUUUCUUAGCUAUAUUUAUUAGAGUUUAUUGUAAUCAUAGAUUAAAAUUAUUGAAAAAGCGACAGGAAGCUAGCAGGCCGAAGAUGCAAGUAUAGUUCGUUAGUGUAAAUUUUAAAAAAUAAAUUUUUGAGUAAAAGCAGUUAUGUAUUCAAUUAAAUUACUUUCAUCUAGUAUUCAAUUACAAAUUAUUAUGAUUAAUUCAGAUAAAUGAUAGAAAACUAAGUUAUGUGUAUAUAGAACGAAUUCGUUGUUGAUGUUAUAAAUGUAAUUGAUAUGUGCUGUUUACUGUUUUAUGUAAAAGAUAUAUAUUAUUAUUAAAAAUAAAAACCUAAAUGUACAUACAUAUUUAUGUAUAACUAAUAAGUAAUGAAUCAUAUAUCAUAUAUACUUAACAGCAUAUAAAAAUAAUUUUAUAAAAGAAGUAACAAAAUUUUUAUGUGGCUUGUAUUAUAAUAAAUUAGUUGAAGCAGUUGCUCAAUUAAGUUUUAGACUAUUGAAAGAAUUUUAUAUUUUAUCUUAAUCAUUUUACUAAAAUAAAAUUCAACUAUUCCCAUAUACUUUGAAUUUUUACAUUAAAAUAGCAACUCCAUUCAUAAUUUUAAAAAAAAAACUUUGCAAUAAAAAUUUUGCUCUAUCUGAUAUAAGAAAAUAGUUGAAUAAUUUCAGUUUCCUUUUGAAACUGAACAUGAGUUUCCCACCUUGCGAAAAAUUUAUAAUAAUUAAAAAUACAUUCUUAUAUAACUUCAAUGUAUGAGUCUCAUUUUUUUUACUUUACAUAUAUACAUAUAUAACAUGAAUAAAAUUAAUAAGUUUGCAAGGCUGUGCAUGGUUUUUAUAGUUGCACAGGAUUUAAUAUUUUAUGGAUUUAGCAUAUUUUUUUUAAAUUCGGUUAACUUGAUUUAUAAAAAAAAUUUAAGCUUUAACAAGAAAAAAUAAAGAAAAGUUGAAAAAAAAAAACAAUCAUAUUUCUGUGUAUGUAUAAAAUCAAGUAAAUAAUUUGGAAUAAAAUUUAUAUGUAUCUUAUACUUUUAAGAUUUAAGAUGAAUUCAUUUGGACAGAUCUGGAGUCAAUGUGAUACUCUUGAGUUUAAAAUUUGAAAAAAAAAAAAUAAUAGUAAAUUAGCUGCAAUGUUCAAUAGGAAAAAUUAAUUAAAAACAAAAUAUGUAUAUAUAAAAACUUACAUAAAUGUAAAUAUAUUUGUAAUUUUUCAAUAUUAAAAUAAAACUUUUAGUUAGGAAAGAAGUUAUAGCGUGAAAUCUACAUGAAAGUUUUAGUAUCCUUUUGUUAUAAAAACUUAUUAUUGUCUAAAUGAAUUCAAAUUUACUAAAAUAAAAUAUUGGUUUUUAUUUUUACUUUCCACAUGAAAUGCACAAAAUAUUAUUUUUUACU